AUGUACGACCUGGUUGAGUGCCUGCGAUACGACGGCGGCGAGAGCCCUGAGAAGCGUGAUGCCAUUUUGUCCGAUUUCGCCCAGGCGGAUGGGAGCAAAGUGCUCCUAAUGUCCCAUGCGGCGGGUGGCAUUGGGCUGAAUGUAGUUUGCGCAAACGCCACCAUCCUGUGUGCGCGCUGGUGGAAGAAGGAAUGGGAAGAGCAGGCGAUGAAGAGGGCCUAUCGGCUGGGGCAGAUGAGAGCAGUCACCUUUGUGACUCUGUUUGUAGAGAAUUGCGAUGCCGAGCGCUACAAGGCCAACGCACCGGACCGCAAGCACAAGUUCAAUACGAGAGUAGUGGAAGCAAUCACGAGGCCCGACCACGAGAAACCGUGGGUUUGGGGUAAUCUGAGAUAG